AUGUUGUUGUCAUGGAAGCAUUUGAUCCUCCUCCCAUUCAUUGGCUGCCUAGGAGGUGAGCUGCUCUUACAGGGCCCAGUGUUUGUCAAAGAACCCAGCAACAGCAUUUUUCCUGUUGGCUCAGAGGAUAAAAAAAUAACUUUAAAUUGUGAAGCACGAGGCAAUCCUUCACCUCAUUACAGAUGGCAGCUGAAUGGAAGCGAUAUUGAUUUGAGUAUGGAGUAUCGUUAUAAGCUGAUCAGAGGAAAUCUUGUGGUUAUUAACCCCAACAGAAAUUGGGAUACAGGAAAUUAUCAAUGCUUUGCUACAAAUUCAGUCGGGACAAUUGUCAGCAGAGAAGCUAAGCUCCAGUUUGCCUAUCUUGAAAAUUUUAAAACCAAAAUGAGAAGUACAGUGUCGGUGCGUGAAGGCCAGGGAGUCGUCCUGCUCUGCGGCCCCCCGCCACACUCUGGAGAACUGUCAUAUGCUUGGAUCUUCAAUGAAUAUCCGUCAUUUGUCGAAGAAGAUAGUCGGAGAUUUGUCUCUCAAGAGACAGGCCACCUCUACAUAGCCAAAGUGGAGCCGUCUGACGUGGGCAAUUACACGUGUGUGGUGACUAGUGCAGUGACAAAUGACAGAGUGCUGGGCUCCCCAACGCCUUUGGUGCUUCGUUCUGACGGUGUCAUGGGUGAAUAUGAGCCAAAAAUAGAAGUUCAGUUUCCAGAAACUCUUCCAGCAGCUAAAGGUUCAACUGUGAAAUUGGAAUGUUUUGCCCUUGGAAAUCCUGUACCCCAGAUUAAUUGGAGAAGAAGUGAUGGACUGCCUUUUUCCAGUAAAAUUAAGUUAAGGAAGUUCAGUGGUGUGCUUGAAAUUCCCAACUUCCAACAGGAAGAUUCAGGUUCCUAUGAAUGCAUUGCUGAGAAUUCACGAGGGAAAAAUGUUGCCAGGGGGCGUCUCACUUACUAUGCAAAGCCUCAUUGGGUUCAACUCAUAAAAGAUGUAGAAUUAGCAGUGGAGGACAGUCUUUACUGGGAAUGUCGGGCUAGUGGUAAGCCCAAACCUUCCUACCGAUGGUUGAAAAAUGGAGAAGCCCUUGUGCUUGAGGAGAGAAUACAGAUAGAAAAUGGUGCCCUUACAAUAUCAAACCUAAAUGUGACCGAUUCUGGCAUGUUCCAGUGCAUAGCAGAGAACAAACAUGGUCUCGUCUAUUCUAGUGCUGAGCUCAAGGUCAUGGCUUCUGCUCCAGAUUUUUCAAAGACUCCAAUGAAAAAGUUGAUUCAGGUGCAGGUGGGCAGUGAGGUCAACUUGGAUUGUAAACCCAGAGCUUCCCCCAGGGCACUCUCCUCCUGGAAGAAAGGAGAGGUGAUCGUUCAGGAAAGUGAAAGAACUUCUUUUCUAAAUGAUGGAGGACUCAAAAUUGUCAACGUAACUAAAGCUGAUGCUGGAAUUUAUACCUGCAUAGCAGAAAACCAGUUUGGGAAAGCAAAUGGCACAACACACUUGAUUGUUACAGAACCAACGAGAAUAACUUUGGCACCAUCUAACAUGGAUGUCUCCGUGGGUGAGAGCAUCAUUUUGCCCUGCCAGGUGCAACACGACCCCCUGUUAGAUACCAUGUUUACCUGGUAUUUCAAUGGGGCCCUCACAGAUUUUAAGAAAGAUGGAUCUCACUUUGAGAAAGUUGGUGGGAGUUCAUCAGGUGAUUUAAUGAUCAGAAACAUUCAGUUGAAGCACAGUGGAAAAUAUGUUUGUAUGGUGCAGACAGGGGUGGACAGCGUUUCAUCUGCCGCUGACCUCAUAGUAAGAGGUUCACCUGGGCCACCAGAGAGUGUGAAGGUAGAUGAAAUUACAGACACAACAGCCCAGCUCUCUUGGAAAGAAGGUACAGACAACCACAGCCCAGUUAUAGCCUAUUCUGUCCAGGCGAGGACUCCCUUCUCCGUGGGUUGGCAAACGGCCACAACAGUGCCUGAGGUCAUUGAUGGGAAAACACACACAGCUACGGUAGUCGAGUUAAAUCCAUGGGUGGAGUACGAAUUUCGGGUUGUAGCCAGUAACAAAAUCGGAGGUGGAGAACCCAGUUUACCCUCAGAAAAAGUAAGAACUGAAGAGGCAGUGCCAGAAGUUCCUCCUUCAGAAGUCAGUGGAGGAGGUGGGAGCCGGUCUGAACUGGUGAUUACCUGGGAUCCAGUCCCUGAAGAACUACAGAAUGGUGAAGGUUUUGGGUAUGUUGUUGCUUUCCGCCCUCUUGGAGUAACCAACUGGAUCCAGACAGUGGUCACAUCUCCUGAUACCCCAAGAUACGUCUUUAGGAAUGAAAGCAUCCUGCCAUUUUCACUGUAUGAAGUUAAAGUGGGUGUGUAUAAUAACAAAGGUGAAGGACCGUUUAGCCCAGUGACAACAGUUUUCUCUGCAGAAGAAGAGCCUACAAUAGCUCCAUCUCAAGUUUCUGCAAAUAGCCUAUCUUCCUCAGAAAUUGAAGUUUCAUGGAAUGCCAUUCCUUGGAAACUGAGCAAUGGACACUUACUCGGUUAUGAGGUGAGGUACUGGAAUAAUGGAGGAGAAGAGGAAUCAUCAAGCAAACUGAAAGUGGCAGGAAACGUGACAUCAGCCAGACUCCGUGGCUUGAAGAGCAACCUGGCGUAUUACACGGCUGUCCGGGCUUUCAACAGCGCUGGUACCGGCCCCUUUAGUGCCACAGUUAAUGCAACCACCAAGAAAACUCCUCCCAGUCAGCCACCAGGAAAUGUUGUUUGGAAUGCUACAGACACAAAAGUGUUGCUUAAUUGGGAACAAGUGAAAGCCAUGGAGAAUGAAUCAGAAGUAACAGGAUAUAAAGUUUUCUAUAGGACUAGCAGUCAAAAUAAUGUGCAAGUGCUGAACACAAAUAAAACUUCAGCUGAACUUCUGCUGCCCAUUAAAGAAGACUACAUUAUUGAAGUUAAGGCCACAACGGACGGCGGGGAUGGGACCAGUAGCGAACAGAUCAGGAUUCCAAGAAUAACCAAUAUGGAUGCAAGAGGUUGUACGUCAGCCAUCUCCACUGUCUACCCUGUGUCAAGUUAUGUCUCUGUAAUAAUGUUAUUUAUUGUAAACACCUUGUGUUGA